UCCCUUCAAGUAUAAAUUAGAUCACAAAGUUCAAAACUUUCUUUAAAAAUCAAUGCUUAUUAAUCAUCUGCUUCUCAUCAAAGCCAAAAUAAAAAAAAAAAUGAAAAUUUUGCUUUGCCUAGUAAUGCUCUUUCUCCUCUUAGACGGUUUCGCAACCGCACAAAAUCUCAUUCAAGAUUCUUGCAAAAAAGCUGCAGCUUCAAACCCGAAAAUCCAGCUCGACUUCUGCGUCAAGACCCUCGAAGGUAACCCCCAGAGCAAAGCCGCAAAAAGCCUCGCGGACUUGGUCAUGGCGUCGACCAAGAACGCUGCCACCAAAACGACCAGCUUGAAAGCAAUGGCUGACAACCUUCUCAAGGGGGAAAAGUUCGCAAAGGAAAGUGAGAUGCCGUUACGCGACUGCCUGGAGCUUUACACUGACGCUACAACUUCCUUAAACGAAGCUUUGACGAGCGUUCAAUCGCGUAUGUACAAAACCGCCAAGGUGGGUAUGAGUGCUGCAAUGGAUGCACCGAGCACUUGCGAAACUGGAUUCAAAGAAAGAAAAGCGCCUCAGGAAUCUCAGUUUACGAAAGACAAUGAUGUUUUGACUCAGACGAUUUCGAUUACUUUAGCUUUAACAACCAUGUUGAAAUGAAAAUGUAAUCUAACACAUAUAUUAAAAUUAAAUAAUAUUUGAUGACA